AUGGAGAAAGGCUGCCGAGUCAGCAGGCUGUGUGUCCUGUUUGUGCUCUUAGCUCUAGUCUCUGUAGCAACCAUUGUCACAUUGUGGACUCUUGCCCUGACAGGUGGUCAUGAUGAUGUCACAGCUCCUUGGGACAGCUACCGUCUCCCUGCCUCCUUGGUCCCUGAGCGUUAUCAUGUGACCCUGUGGCCUCGCCUCACCCCCGAACUCUCCAGCGGCCUCUACAUUUUUACAGGGAAUUCCACGGUGGAGUUUGAGUGUGUGGAGGAGACAGAUUUAAUUCUCAUCCACUCCAACAAGCUCAACUACACCACGCUGAACAACACACACAUGUGUGCGCUCACUGCUCCAGAUGGUGUGUCUGCUCCAAGCAUUCAGUCCUCCUGGCUGCAGCCUAACACUCAGUAUCUGGUUGUACAACUGGACUGGGAAUUAACUAAAGGGCAGAAGUACCAGCUGUACGCUGAAUUCAGCGGAGAACUCGCUGACGACUUGGCGGGCUUUUACAGGAGUGAAUAUGAAGAGGAUGGAGUCCAAAAGGUUGUUGCCACCUCUCAGAUGCACCCAACUCAUGCCAGAAAGACCUUCCCCUGCUUUGAUGAGCCAGCCAUGAAAGCUGUUUUCCACAUCACUCUCCUCCACGCCCCUGGAAGUGUUGCCCUGUCCAAUGGCAUGGAGAGAGAGGUUGUUAACCGCAGUGUUGACGGAGUGGCUGUCACACAGACCAGGUUCGAGCCCACCAAGAGAAUGUCCUCCUACCUACUGGCCCUCGUCGUCUCUGACUACACACACCUCAGCGCUAAACAAGGAGACACACUGAUCCGUAUCUGGGCCCGCAGGAAGGCCAUUGAAGAGGGACACGGAAACUAUGCCCUCAACCUGACUGGACCCAUUCUGGACUUUUUCCAGCAAUACUACAACACCUCCUACCCUCUGUCCAAGUCAGAUCAAAUCGCUCUGCCAGACUUCUAUUUCGGGGCGAUGGAGAAUUGGGGUUUGGUCACAUACAGAGAGGCCAACCUGCUCUAUGACCCUGGAACCUCCUCCAACAGAAACAGAGAGACCACUGCCACCAUCAUUGCUCAUGAGCUGGCCCACAUGUGGUUUGGUAACCUGGUGACCCUGAGGUGGUGGAAUGAGGUGUGGCUGAAUGAGGGCUUUGCCUCCUAUGUGUCCUACCUGGGAGCAGACUACGCUGAGCCGACAUGGAACGUGAAAGACUUGAUAGUGCUUGAUGACAUCCACAGGGUGUUUGCAGUCGAUGCCCUGGCUUCCUCUCAUCCUCUGUCCUCUGAUGAGGCCAGCAUCACGCUGCCAGAGCAGAUCACUGAGCAGUUUGACGCCAUCUCAUACAGCAAGGGUGCCGCAGUGUUGAGGAUGUUGUCGGAUUUCCUCUCAGAGCCAGUCUUUGUCCAAGGACUCAGUUGGUACCUCAAUGACUUUGCUUAUGCCAACACGGUAGGGACCGACUUGUGGGACCAUCUACAAAUGGCCGUGGAAGACAAAGGCGUGUCUCUUCCACGCACGGUCGAUGACAUCAUGAAGCGCUGGGUGCUCCAGAUGGGCUUCCCUGUCGUUACCAUAGAUACCACCACAGGAGCCGUAUCCCAGGAGCACUUUCUUCUGGAUGCAGACUCCAGUGAUGUGGUCACAUCGCCCUUUAACUAUGAGUGGCUGAUUCCUGUCAGGUGGAUGCGGUCAGGUGAGAUGCAGGCAGACCUCUGGUGGCUGAUGGAGAGGACAGCGGUGAACGUGGACAUGAAGAGCGGCUGUGAUUGGGUCCUGGCCAACAUCAAUGUGACCGGAUAUUACCGGGUAAACUACGACCUGGCAAACUGGGAGAGACUCCUCGCACAGCUGGACACGCAGCACCAGGUUAUACCACUGAUCAACAGAGCACAACUUGUGGAUGAUGCUUUCAAUCUGGCCAGGGCCAAGCUGCUCCCCACCACUCUGGCACUGGGGAGCACCAGCUACCUGUCUGCAGAGAGGGAGUACAUGCCCUGGCAGUCCGCGCUGGAUAACAUGCACUAUUACUACCUCAUGUUGGACCGCACUGACGUCUACCAGCCCAUGCAGGACUACAUGAAGAGGCUGGUGAUGCCUCUCUUCCUCUAUUUCAAAAACAUGACGUCAAACUGGACUCACGCUCCAGACAGACACACCGACCAGUACAACCAGGUGAACGCUCUCCGCAUGGCCUGCAGCACCGGGGGAGCCGAAUGCCAAAACCUGACGACCACAUGGUUCAAACAGUGGAUGGAUAAUCCUCAGCAUAAUUUGAUCCAUCCCAACCUGCGUUCCACAGUGUACUGCAGCGCCAUGGCGGCAGGUGGCGCUGCAGAGUGGGAGUUUGCCUGGUUCCAGUUCAAGAAAACCUCUGUUGCCACUGAGGCCAGCAAACUCAUGUCAGCUCUGGCCUGCACCAACAGCCAGGAGCUGCUGAAAAGGUAUCUGUCCUACACCUUGCAGCCAGAAAUGAUCCGCAAGCAGGACGCCACCUCAGUCAUCGUCUCUGUUGCCGGGAACAGAGAGGGACAGGAGCUGGCCUGGGCCUUUGUCAGGGAGCACUGGAAAUACAUGUUCACACAAUAUGGCGUUGGCUCCUUCUCCUUUGCUUCUCUCAUCAAUGGAGUCACCAUGCGCUUCUCUACCUCUGCUGAGCUUCAACAGCUGAGGGAGUUUGAGCGGGAGAACGGCGCAGCGGGCUUCGGCUCAGCCACACUGGCGGUGCAGCAGGCCCUGGAGAGGACCACGGCCAACAUCAAGUGGCUCCAGCAGAACAAGCAGGAGGUCCUGGACUGGUUCAGCAGGCAGACCGCCAUCACAGAGUGAGGCGGAGUGACCACAUCAUGACUGC